GAUGACCACGCUGCACCGUAUAUCUUCACGCGAAGCCCUGUGCUCGAUGUUGGAUCCCCUCGCGCUCUCUCGCUCGCACAGGCAAGCAUCGACGAGUGCGUGCACAAGCACACGCGCUGCAUCCAGCUUUCACCCUCCUUCGAUCCUCGCCUCCCUACACGACUUGUCGACUGUACCGAACUCAAGCGCCCGCGUCUAGUCUCGACAGGUGGUAGACGCGGCAGGUACCUCGCCCUUAGUUAUGUGUGGGGCGAGGCGCAACCCCACCAAACUACCACAUCCAACGUAUCUGCUUAUUCCGACGGCAUCUCCCCCUCCAUCCUUCCCAGAACCAUCCGCGAUGCGAUCUAUGUCACGCGUAUCCUCGGGUUUCAGUUUCUUUGGAUCGAUAGCCUGUGCAUCAUCCAGGACUCGAACGAGGACAAACUGCACGAACUGGGGCGCAUGCACCGCGUCUACCGCUACGCGUACCUCACCCUCAUCGCUGCCAGCGCCCGGAAAGUCAGCGAGGGCUUCCUUCAAACCCGACCCGCUUGCCCGCGCGACGUCGCGUUUCCUUUCCCCUGCGCCUCACCCGCUCUGCAGGUGGGCAAGAUCAACCUCUCUGUGACCACCCUCCCGCGCUCGGGCCCGAGCUACGCACAGCCCCGCAUCGAAGAGCCCAUCAACGCACGGGGCUGGUGUCUCCAAGAAUACUACAUGUCCCCUCGCGCGCUGAUAUUCGCCUCGAACACGCUCCGAUUCCGAUGCCAGACGAGUACGCAAAACGUCGGCUACGCAUACUACAACCAAGUCCGCGAGCGGCGACUGCCCCACGUGCUCUUCCUUCGACGCCCGCCCCCAGCAGUGUACGGCGGUGAGGACUGGACUGCCGUGCACAGGGCGUGGUGGGACAUCGUCGAAGACUACAGCCGACGCGUCGUGGGCACGCCUUCGGACAAGCUCGUCGCAUGCGGCGCGAUCGCAGACGCGUUCCAGCGAGUACUACGCACCGAGUACCUCGCCGGAUUGUGGCGCGACACGUUCCUCCAGGACCUGCUGUGGGAGAAAGACGGGGAGGCGCGCUUGGAGCGUCCGGCGGCCUUCCGUGCGCCGUCGUGGUCCUGGGCCGCCGUCGACGGGAGGCUGAAGAUGAAGUCGCAGAACUAUUUGGACGGGGUCGCGCUUGCGGAGGUGGUCCGUUGCACGGUCAUGCUCAAGGACGCCGAGCUUCCAUUUGGGCAGGUCAUUGGCGGAUCCCUCGUUCUGCACGCUCCUUUG